AUGGAGAAUAGGCCAGCUGUAUUUGUCCAUACGGCGCAGGUAUCUGAGGUGGUAUACCGUAAUGGUGUACGAAGGCUUUUACACUUACAAUCGGAACUCGGAGACGACGUUGUGGUAUCUGGACUACGAGAUCCAGACGGCAACAUCAUUUACGAAACCUACUACGAUGCACUUCUCGGGCCUAUCGUCAGUCUCAACGACGUCGCCACUCUGAAGAAAUAUAUUGAAAUAAAACCUAGAGGCCCCCUAUUCCCUAAAGAGGCCUAUUGGUGGGAACCCCGUUCUACCUUGCUGCGCUUCACGGAAGCACGGAAGCACUUAGCAUACUUCUUGAUCAUUACAACGCCCAACCCUAUACUUCCUAAUCCUCCCGGUAGAGAACCUAAACCGACAGAGGAACCCAACAAGCGAAGAUUCUACUUGCUGAAUACUGCAUGUUUCGGGGCCAACCCAGAGACGGCGUGUUUCUUGAUGGAUCGCAAACCUCCAUUAGGAUCGGUCAACGACACUGACCCAUUUGGCGAUACAGCACCAUUGCAUGCUGCAGCUUCUUUAGCUAAAAACAAAUUUUCUGGAUGGAUGAAUCGUGAUAGUGGUUACGACGGGUAUCGGGGAAGGGAAUUAGUAUUGGCAUCCGAUAUCCCGGAAACAGAGCCCCAGGAACAUAUCAUUGAUACAUUCAAGCUGCUCUUAGAGGUCAAUCCCGAUUCAAUCAACGCCCAGGAUAAAGAAGGUGCUACGCCUUUACAUUACGCCACGGCAUCCCAUGUUAAAUGUGGUGCCGGACAUUCUUACGCUGUGAUCAAAUUUUUGUUUGAUAACAAGGCAGAUGCAAAUCUUGCGAAAUCCCAGGGGCAAACAGUGCUACAUAUCUUAGCUUCUCCUUCUUUGUCCGGUGUACCCAUUGACCUCACCAUGAUUGAUCUUUUGCUUAUGCACGGCACCGACAUAGGCCGUACUAACUUGGAUGGCAAUACUGCUCUUCAUAUCAUAGUUCGGGCCCAUCCACAGACCGAAACAGUACGAUAUUUACUCAGCAAAGGGGCCGAUGUGACAGCUAUAAAUUCCAAGGGCAAUACACCAUUACACGAGGUAAUGGGAGGAUGGUUCCUCCUCCUAGAAGAUCAUAAAGGGGGAGCCUGCAAAAGAUUGGCACUAGCAGAUCGAUUCAAGGCGCAAGACGAUAUGAUUGCAGUCCUAAAGGAAAGCAAAGAUUUACAGCAACAGCUUGACGGAACAAGUGAAUGCAAGCGGCAAAAUGCCACAACAGCUGCGUGA